GAACAAUUUUACAAUACAGCAGCGUGUCUCUCUCAGCGGUGUCAACCGUGGCUGAGCAUUAUUAUUAUUGAUGUUUGCUCCCUCCUUUGGCCUGAGUAGGAUCAUGCCAUGUUAUCUGGAGUUGAGGAGAGAAACCUUCAGGCGCGCGAUUGUCUCUGCACUCAUGCAAUUUUCCCCGCCUGCGAAUGGCUGCUUUCCGGGCCGCUAUGCUAUGGCUAAUUGGGCCUGGCUGUCAGCUCUGGCUUCGGACACUUACAGCGUAAGGGCCCAUUCAAUCGCGAUGGAACCUGAGUCAAUUGGGCCUAAAAAUGGAAACAUUAACUAUUCCACGAGAGCCCCUCAGGUACGAACGACGCUUGAGAAGUCCCACAAGGCUGCAUGAACUCACAUUGCCCAAUUUCAAUUAGGAGAGGGGAAAUUAUUGUCAUUGACCAACUUACAAAGAACAUUGGAAGCACACGCCGCCACAUUGCUUCACGGAAGAUCAUAGAUGAAAAAAAAGUUCAUCAAAGCUAUUGCGAGUGAGACGGAUGUGAGCUUUUUACAAAUUUAAAAUGUAUAGGCGAGGUGUCUUCCGCAAUACCCUUGUCGAAAUUUAAGGGAGUGAAGUGAAAAUAAGAAACUGAACUAUUAUUUUGAGGACCUGUGGUUAGAACAAUGAACGUUCACAAUUGGCUUGUUACCAUCAAUUGGAUUGUGGACAUCCUGGCUCAGACAUAUCAAAGAAGAGAUAUUAUUAUGACAUAAAGGGAGUUUUUCGCAACUUCUGGAUGUUGGUUGGUGAUUUCCUAAAUAUAUCCACCCCAGAGUAAGAAGGGGAUAUAAUGAGAACUCUGAAUGGUUUGAUCGUAUACCUGAGCAGGAAGUCUAUUCUAUUCUAUUAUUUAUCAGGGGGAUGAAUAUGCUUCUGGGAGUGCCUUUUUCUUCGUUCUCCUGUUGCUAUUGUUGCACAACGAAGUUUCUCGCCCUUGAUAACGUUGAUCACCUGUGGAAGUAAGUGGUGGAUGUGAAAAUCACCAACUCCUCACACUAAAAUGGCCAGUAAAUAUUUAAGCCGCUGGUUGACUCUAAAAUCGGCCACCACUCUCCCAUCCCAGCUCAGCAGUUGCAUCAUCACACAACACACGUCGGGGACCGAGCUAUAAUCAAGUUAUCCAGAUAAAUACUGCUUAGACAAGCGACCUGACCCUUUGGGACGACGCAUCAGCGUCCUGAAAUAGGCGUGGGUCGUGUUCAACUUCUCCAAGUGGAAAAAACUCCGAACUUUGCCAGCUGUUGAUCCUGUGGUUAUGAGUAUGAUCAGGCCGGAUGCACGCAAUUAGCUAUAUGCUGGAUGCUUCUGCUAAAGUUGUGAAUUUCGUGGCUCCCUUUACAUGACUUCAAGCCUUGAAUCCUUCAACCGCACAGGCCAAAUAACUCACAUCGCGAGCACUACAACACGUCUAUCGAUGGCAUGUCUUCGCCCGUCGUGAGUAACCCAAGGAGCUCCAUGGCUGUCGCUGAUAACUCUCCGGAGGGUACGCGCUAAGCCUCAUACAGGCCAGCGACUUUGACCUCGCAGAGAUCUGGGAAGCCAUACUACGACCCGGCGCAGCAGAGGAUGAGCAGUUUGUAAUCAGAUACUACAACUGGGGCCGGCCGCUCUCCAUCCAAACUCUUUUCGGACACCCUCGUACAUGGAUGUCAUGGAGCUAUAGAGCUGCUUACCCCAAACUUUCCACACUCCUGGAACAGACUUCUUUGGAGAACAAAUUACGCUGUCGUGUCAACUUCGAGGAACUCACAAUAGAUACCGAUCGAUAUGUUCUUCGAAAACUCAGUUAUAAUGAAGCACACGCUCCCUUAUCCGUAAUUUUUGACUCACUAAGGGAAAUUUCGUCUCAGACGACCGGCGAAAGUCAUUCUGUAAAAAUUAAAGGCACAGCACUUGUUAAGAGGUUUGUCCGGAUACUUCAACUAACAGAUAUUUCGCCGUUGGUGCUUAAUUGCAUUUUUGGGACGACUUCAAGUCUGGAUGUCAGUCAUGUCGCAGCAUUUGUUGAUAGAAACCUAAACGGCUUGAAUUGGGCAAAGGUGAAUCUUCUUCAAACGCGAAACACGGGCUGGUCAUCAUAUGUAUACGAAUACCAUUUCUCCUUCUACUUUGUCACAUUGGACUAUUUCGAACCCGACACAGUGAAGCCCGAUCCACGCAAAAUUCGAAGAUCAUGCUCAUUUGGGAAACGAAAGGGUACAAAGCACCGUUAUAUACACGAAGAAACAGUUUCAUUUUUAUUAUGCGGCCAUUUUGACGAUGCUUUUACUUGUUACCAGCUGGGCGACACUUAUUUUAAACCCCGCUAUACGAAAGACACAGGCCCUCGAUUCUUUCGAUCUUAUGAUCCUAGCCAAUCCCCGGGACAGCUCCUGCUGCAUUGGAUCGCAGUGGCCCUAUUUCAUGCCAGAUCAAGGUGGGAAAAUGCCAUUGACUCCCUCCAGUCGGAGAUUAGAGCACCGUCUGAUGUCGUAUUCAUGGAAGACAGAAGUGACCUGAUGGCAGACGAUCCCCAGUUUUCCCUGUCGAAAACAUAUUUCUGGGCUCUUCAAACUUAUAAGCUGUUCGAGAGGACCCUUGAGCAGACAAUCACCACAUGGGAAACUUUCAAGAUUGAUUCAUUGCCAAAAAUCCAGGAUGGAAGGAUAAGUCCCGAAAAUUGGGAUGCCAGCGUCAGCAGCAUAGACCAGUCAAUCGAACUUCUAAAGCCCAAAAUAGAUCGUAUUAAACGUGGCAUGCAAGACGUGCGGGAUCUCCGCGAAAGUCUCCAAUCAACCGCUGCUGUAUUCGAUAGCCGAACUGCAGUUCGCCAGGGGGAGAAUAUUCGCCUAUUAACGUACAUCACGUUGCUAUUUCUUCCCCUUUCCUUUGGCACGGGCAUCUUCAGUAUGCAACUGAUUGAGCCAAGCGCAACAACUAUAAACGCCUUCGCCAUCACCUUACCAGUCAUCACCAUCGUCAGCGCCCUUCUAAUAUUCAACCUCAACUCGCUAACAGCCGCAUUUGACUCUGUAGUUCGCAAAGCCACAUUCGGUCUCCAGCGACAAAUGAGACUCCAUCACAGGAAAGAAUGGAAACAUAGAGCCCUCGCAUUACACCAGGACGAUAUAAGUACGGAGCCUCCAGUACGAAAAGCUUCUAAAGAAAGCAGUCACUGGGUGUAUAUCCUUUUCCUAAUCGAGACGGCUGUGGUGGUCACCCCGGUUUCUGAGCUGAAUGCCGCACUUAAUUGUUACGGGCUUUUCGGUUUCGAGGGCGAGAAGGCAGGCGAGGGUGAGGAUGAUGAAUACUCGGAUAAUGAGGACGCAAGCACUCAUCAGCCGCGAAAGGAUAGGCAGAAAGAAGUCCUGAUGAGAGUGAAGAGAGCUGCACGAGAAGCUGAAGAGCAGGAACGUAAACGGAAAGAUGAAGAGAGUGGUAUGGCCAUAGGGCUUUUAAGACGCUUUUAUAGGUACAUUCGUCAUCUUGGGAGGGUGCUCGGGCAUACUGUCCUCACGUCCUUCAGGAUUCUCUUGUUACCAAUCUGGGUCGUGCUGCUGCUUGUCGAGUACAUUUUGACCGUACUCACUCUUACACUGCUAUUCGACCAGCCGCCUUACCAGGCCAACCCAAGCUCAGCAACCCAUGGAGAGGAAUCACCAGAGUCCCAUCCAAGCUCACCGUUCGCCCGAGCAUGGCACGCCCUCGGCCUGAACACCCUGACCCUUCCAACUCGACACCACCAUCCGCAUGAUCUUUCCUACUGUCCCAGACUCCUUGAAACACAAUCCCACGAACACGCUCUCUCACGCAUACAAAGUGAAGAGCAAGCCCCGAGGCUAAUAAAACUUCCAGCUCUACAACGGCCAGCCCCUGCAAUCACUAAUAAUGAAAGGCGCGAAGCCCGUCACACCGCCAAGCGCCGAGGUGAACACUCGCCCGAGAGGACACUCGACAGAAUCUCAAAUGUUGAAGUGUCCGUAUUCGAUCCGGCACGGUCGCGUAGGACGGCGAGGUCGAGGAUAUCCAGGGCGGUAAAUGCUGCAAGAUAUGAGGCUGGGGUUGAGAGAUAGACGCGGUUAUGAACUACCAUAGAAGAUGAGUGGACGUGGAAUAGCUGGAGGGAACGACCGUGCUUCCCCCCGAGGGGGGAGGGGUAGCGGGGAAUUGCGGAAAUUGGUGAACCGGGAAAAUGAGCAAAGGACAGCGCCAGGGAGGUGAGGAAGUUGAAAUGUCACGCAUAUAUGAUAAAUCAAGACGCUAUACUCUGCUUCGGAUAUCGUGCAGCAAAAUUCUUAUUAUAAUUCACGUUAACAACCUAUAAGACACGGGUUCAUUAUCCAAUUCAAUUAGGCCAAACGGGUUAAUUAUUAAUACAAUAACACCUGUCAAAAUUCGUGUUAGGAGAUUGAAUGAGAAACGAAUUACCAACGCAGUUAAAUGCCGCGGAAUAGGUAGAUAGCAGACUAAUAAUAAUAAUAA